CUUUUUUUUUUUACUUGGACUGCUGACGCGUCCACCGGCUGUGUAGCUGGAGCACCGUGGCACAGCUUCCACCAUGUUUCUCCAGUUUUUGGUGUUAGGGGCCUUUGUUUUGUAUUCUGAAUGUUACUUUUCGGAGGAAAUAUACCCGGAGGAGUCGCAGAUUCAGCCUCCUACGGUGGUGAUCGCGAUCCUAGCCCGAAACACAGCUCACUCCCUGCCGUACUACCUCGGGGCUCUGGAGAGACUCAACUACCCCAAAGAUCGCAUCACCGUGUGGGCAGCCACGGAUCACAAUGUGGAUAACACCACAGCAAUACUGAAAGAGUGGCUGACUGUCAUGCAGCAAUUCUACCAUUAUGUUGAGUGGAGACCAAUGGAACAGCCCACGUCCUAUGCAGGAGAGAUGGGUCCUAAGCAUUGGCCCAACUCCAGAUAUGAGUAUGUGAUGAAGCUGAAGCAGUCAGCGCUCGACUUCGCCAGGAAGCGCUGGGCCGAUUAUAUCCUGUACGCUGACACUGACAAUAUCCUCACCAACCCGGAGACCCUCAAUCUUUUGAUAGCUGAGAACAAGUCAGCUAUCGCUCCCAUGCUCGACUCUCAGGGAGCGUACUCCAACUACUGGUGUGGUAUCACUCCACAGGGAUAUUAUCGGCGAACAGCAGAGUAUUUCCCCACCCGGCACCGUCACAGACUGGGCUGCUACCCUGUGCCCAUGAUCCACUCCACCUUUCUGCUGGAUUUAAGGAAGGAAGGCAUGAAGAAUCUGGCCUUCUUCCCCCCUCACGAGGACUACUCAUGGCCCUAUGACGACAUCAUAGUGUUCGCCUUCUCCUGCCGGGCUGCAGAGGUACAGAUGUACCUGAUUAACAAGGAGCGAUACGGGUACGUGAACGUACCGCCCAAACCUCAACACACCUUGGAAGAUGAUCGCCUCAACUUUGUCCACGUCCACCUUGAAUCCAUGAUUUUUGGUCCUCCAAUGCAGCACUCAAAAUACGUCCAUAUGUUCCAAAAACAGAGAGACCUCAUGGGCUUUGAUGAGAUUUAUCUGAUUAAUCUGAGACGGCGUGAUGACCGUAGGGACCGGAUGUUGUUCUCUCUCAAUGAGCUGGAGAUUGACGUCAAAGUGGUGGACGCUGUGGACGGAAAUGCACUGAACAGCAGCGACAUUAAGAUCUUGGGUGUUGACCUCCUGCCAGGAUACUACGACCCGUUCUCUGGACGCACCCUGACCAAAGGGGAGGUGGGCUGCUUCCUCAGCCACUUCUUCAUCUGGAAGGAGAUCGUGGAGCUGCAGAUGGACAAAGCCCUUGUGCUCGAAGACGAUGUUCGUUUCCAGGCCAACUUCAAGCGACGGGCCCUCAGACUGAUGGAGGAGGUGGAGCAGGAGGAUCUGGACUGGGACAUCAUAUACUUUGGCAGAAAGCAAGUGAAUCCCGGAAAGGAAAAGCCGGUGGAGAAUGUUCACAACUUGGUAAUGGCCGACUACUCGUACUGGACUCUGUCCUACGCCAUCUCCCUGAAGGGAGCGCAGAAACUGCUCAACGCUGAGCCGCUGUCCAAGAUGCUUCCUGUCGAUGAAUUCCUCCCCAUCAUGUAUGACAAACAUCCCAAUGAGGACUACAAGUCCCAUUUCCCAAACAGAAGCUUACAAGCCUACAGCACACACCCCCUGCUGGUCCAGCCGUGUCAGUACGCUGGUGAUCCUGAUUGGGUGAGCGACACGGAGACGUCGACUCUGUGGGACGAUGACGCUGUCCGCACAGAUUGGAGGGGCUCCCACAAGACCCUGAAAGGGGCUUCGCCGCCUCCACUGUCUGCCGCCUACAAGGAUGAACUUUAGAGAGAGCAGACGUAUCGGCCGAGAUCCUGCGGGUCAAAAGGCCACGAGGUCAGAGAGACAGAUGCUGAGGGGAUGAAGUGUUACAAGACUGUGUUUCAGUCCACUCUGUGUCACCACACUGACACGCUCAUGUUUUUUUGACUGGACUUUUCAAAGCAUGCGGCAAAUGUGUGGAACAUGGAUGGAAACAGUAUAAUGGACAGUGUUAAGUGAGGCUGUUUUGUAAAGACGUGUAAAACCUUUGGUGUUUUAGUUCUCGUAUGAACAUCGACACUUUUAGUCAGGCAUUUUUUCAACUUGCAUUCUGUUGGGUGCUGACUGAGGCUCCUGAAGCUGCACUGCUCUAAACUCCAGGCAUGUUUGGACAAAAUAUGAUAUUCUUUUUUAUUUUUACCUUGUUGGUAGAUCAAUCUUUCUAUCCAUUCCUCCAUUGGUGCAUGUCUUUCAUUGGAACUGUUAACAGUUAUAUUUAACACAAGGCUUGGCUGACCCUAAUUAAUAUUUCCAUUGGCUUUAUUAGCAGUUUUGAAGCUGAUGUACCUGAUGGUUUCUAGGGACAGUGUAAGACUGAAUGUUGGCAUUUGGCAAUCAAAGCAUUUUUUAUAAAUCUUUCUUUAUAUAAAGUCACAGUGAGAUUAACUGAAACAAUCUCAAGUACUAAGACCAAUUCUCCCCUUUGACUGUCUUUUAAUAUUUUUCUCAUUUCACAUUGAGUUACAGAAAUUGGAUAUCAAUUUUGAAGUUUGCACAAUAUUUUUCAAGCACUCCAUUUUUUUGCCCAAUAUAGUUUAUAUUGUCAAACCCUUAAAGUGGUUCAUACAUUUUAUUUGAAUCAGCAGUAAUCACAAUUCCUCUAGCUGUUUGCAGGCUUUUCAAAUUACAGCUACAUGACCUAUUUUAUGUAUUUUUUUUACUUAUGGUGACAUCUUUAUACACCCUACUCUGAAAUUAAUAGUAUUUUGGGAAGUCAUUUUAUGGAAUAAAUGCAGCAUGUUGAUAUGUUACCUCCAUAUGUUGGCAGUCUAACUGUUAUAUCUUGUUAAAAAAAGACCAAAGAAGAAAUCUUUGAAAGCCAUAUCACGACACAGCCUUAAAUAACCUAUUUGUAACAUCCUUGGGAUUCUUAAAUCUAGAAGUGUUUUGACAUUUGUCUGCACAGCAAUGCAAGUAACUGAUAUGGUAAUUUAAAUGGAUAUAUUUCAAUUAGGAUCAUCAAGUUACACUAAACUUAUAUUAUGGAUUUCCAUAUUCAUAAGCAAGUGCAAUGGCCUAAUUUCAUGUAUUCCUUUUCUAUCUGUUAUUAUGAGUGUUGCUUUUCUUUUAUAUGUCUUAAUUUAUUUUUUGAUGCAGAAAAUGGAUGAGUAACAAAACAUGAUGUCAAGCAUGAAAUCAAAGUGCAAUGGCUUUUCUGACAAAGCCUCUCUGUUCGUCUUCUAGCAAUACAUUGGUAUUUCAAUGUUGUUUAACAGAAUGUUUGAUGUACUGUAAAGCAAACUUUUAACAUUUUGAAAACAUGAAAGUGUAGUUUUGAUGUUUGAUGUUCUUUUACUGUCUGACUGUGAUGAAUAUUAUGUUUUAUAAUUUAAUAAAAACCAAACUUUCU